AUGGGAUGUAUAAAAUCAAAAAGGAAAGACAGUCUGCAUGGAGAUGGGCUAGAUUUGAAGAAUCAACCAGCAAAUGCAGAAGCACAGCUUUUACCAGGACAAAGAUUUGUCAGUGAAGAAACAGAGGAGCAUGGAGUCAUUGUGGUAGCUUUGUAUCCCUAUGAUGGCAUUCAUGAAGAUGACUUGUCCUUCAAAAAAGGAGAAAAAUUGAAAGUUAUUGAGGAGCUGGGAGAAUGGUGGAAAGCAAAAUCUCUCACAACAAGGAAGGAAGGUUUCAUUCCCAGCAACUACGUAGCAAAAGUAAACACCUUGGAAACAGAAGAAUGGUUCUUCAAAGACAUAACCCGAAAAGAUGCCGAAAGACAACUCCUGGCUCCUGGAAAUGGUCCUGGAGCUUUCCUUAUCAGGGAAAGUGAAACAUUAAAAGGCAGCUAUUCUCUCUCCAUAAGAGACUAUGAUCCACAGCAUGGCGAUGUUAUUAAGCACUACAAAAUUAGGAGUCUAGACAAUGGAGGAUUUUACAUCUCUCCAAGAAUAACUUUUCCCAACAUCAAUGAUAUGAUCAAACAUUAUCAAAAACAAUCAGAUGGCUUAUGCAGAAAGUUGGAAAAAGCUUGUAUUAGUCCCAAGCCUCAAAAACCAUGGGAUAAAGAUGCAUGGGAAAUUCCACGGGAAUCAAUUAAAUUAGUGAAGAAACUUGGAGCUGGUCAGUUUGGAGAAGUCUGGAUGG